UACACAUAAUUACCAUUAUUUUACGGAGAUGUACUUGCAUAAUGGUAGCUGAAGCCGGUCUAUAUUUCGGGAGGGGAUUUGACACCGAUAGUCCGGAGCAGUCGCUUACGGAUGGCAAUUUGGAAGUCUUAGCUGUGAAAGCCAGAGAAAAAGAUAUAUGCAUAUACUUACAUAUAUAUGUAAUAAACAGAUACCUCGGAAAACUGUUUUUUCUUUAUUCAUGAGAAUGGUGUCUUCAAAGAUUUAGGCAUUUGGUCUAAAUCUUGUAAAAUAUUGACUUGAAAGAAGAAAAGUUGAAACAUACAACUAGAUUCUAGAGUAAGUAAAGUUAGCUAUGUACAGACCUGAAGAUAAAGCAACACAUGCUUGUGACAUAUGUGGCAAAACAUUUGAUAGGUAUGCUCAGCUGAAGCGCCAUAAGAAGAACAACCAUCCAGAGAUGUCUCCAGCCGUUCCAGAUAAGAUAUUUCACUGCACCCAGUGUGACAAAAGUUUCUCACAACGAACCAAUUUAAAAACCCAUGAACGCACACACACAGGAGAGAAACCGUUCCACUGCAAUGUCUGCCAGGCAUCUUUCACACAGAGAACCAACCUAAAGAAUCAUGAACGUGUUCACAGUGGUGAGAAACCUUUUGUGUGUGAAGUCUGUGAAAAAGCUUUCUCACAGCGGACCAAUCUGAAGAACCAUGAAAAUAUUCAUACUGGAUUUAAACCAUUUGUUUGCAAUGUCUGUUCAAAAUCUUUUUCCCAGCGCACAAACCUCAAAAUUCAUCAACGUACACACAGUGGCGAAAAGCCAUUCAUAUGUAUGAUUUGCAACAAAGCUUUUUCGCAGAAAGGAAAUUUAAAGAGCCACAUCAAAACUCAUUCUAACCGUGCUACCCUCUUCUGCAGAAUUUGUCGAAAAGUGUUCCAUCGCAAAGCAUUGCUGAAGUGUCAUGAGAAGACACAUCAAACUGAAAGAAUGCAAUUAGAUGCAUGCAGCAACAGCGACAGCAGUGGCUCCCAAUCAGAAGAAAAUUCUUAUUAUGACAGUGAGCAGCAAUAACUACAAAUUCAAAACACAAUCAAUUUUUUUUAUUUGCCCAUUUUCAUUGACAGCCGUAUUUGUUCACAUUUAAAAACAUUUUGCAAACAUCACUGAUUGCCUUAUCUAGAUAAGCAACAUUUCUUCUUAGACAAUCUAAUUGGCUGUUUUUUUUAUUCUUUAAAUGAACUACUUUUAUUUUUUUCAAUAUCUCUCUUCAGUAAAAUAAAUAUUUGGUAGUGCAAAAUCAGCAAACAAGAUAAUAACAGCUAAUGUUUCUUGUCAAACUCUUUAAAAAAUUCUUUCACAAAACACUUUGUAAAAGGAAACAAAUUUAAAUAUCUAAGAUAUUUAAUAUAUUUAAGAUAUCAAUAUUAACUUAUACAUGUGUGUAUAUGUUAAUAAAAUUUAAAAUAUAGAACUAACUUAUUUAUGCAUGCAAAUAUGUGUGUAUAUACUGUUUAUUGUUUGCUCUUUGCAAAAGCAAAUGAAAGGAAGGUAUCGAUUUUAUCUGAUAUCAGGAAUUCGGUUAUAUAUAUAUUUUUUCCAUAAUGACUGUUUGAUAGCUAAACCAAAGUUCUAAACUAUUAAUCUUAUAUUUUAAAAUCUUAAAUUAAACACACUGUUGUCUUAAAUUAUAACAAAACAAGAUUCAUAUUUAUAUUUGCUGGUGACUUUGAGCAUUAAUCUGUUUUUUAGCAAGUAAUGUGAAAUUGUUACUUUAACUUAAAUUUCUUCUUGAGCAAACUUUACAUUAAAGUAAACAUACUCAAGUCCAGUUAAAUUUCAAACAGUUAUUCCUUCAAUUUCUGAGCAAAGAGCUUUUACA